UGGCUUGUUAAAUUUUAGGCCACGAGCGUACGAGACCUUUCCUGUUCAUUGUAAUGUACUUCUCAGACUCAACAUCCUGUUUACUUGUCAGACUGGGUUUGUCUGUUGUCCUCAGACCACUAUUUCAUUGAAACUUGGGCCUCCACUGGGCUGAUCGCUGAACCAAUGCCUCUUGGUUAGAAUUGUGGUUGAAAGCAGAUUUGAGGUGCUUCGGUUUGCUUGUGGUAUUAUCGUGCCGUAGUUGUCAAGUAACGCAUUCGAAUCUGAAAUUUUCGGUGUCGAAACCUUCCUAGUUUCAUUUCUUCGGAGUGUUACGAAAAGGGGACGACACCUUGAGGCUCACAUGCCGAUUCCCAUGUACCGUACGCAUUCUGUGAACUGCAGAUUGACCUGAGAAAGGUGAAGGCGACCAGGUGAACAGGGGAGGAAGAUAGCUGAUGUUACUGAAGCCAUGCCUCCUAGUCCACUCAUUUCUUCACAGACCUGUAUGUGGGCCAUGGCGAAUUAGCUAUUCGUGUUCACUUGCGGCGUCACGAAGGAAUUGUAGAACCUGAAGGCAGUUAGGGUGCGAGGAUUUGCGCUUCAAUCACAGCGCAAUUCCUUUGUCUCCUUCCCUCAUGCUCUCUGCACGAGUGUCACCAAUCCUGGGCUCUUGUCAUGAUGCAAGGCUGGCGUUCGGACUGGUGGAGCGGGACGUAAGUCAGUUGCCUUUUGGAUCUGAUCUUCGAUUCUUCGUCGGAGCUCAAUCCAAAUUGAGCAAGUUUCCUGGAGGAUGCUCACCAAGCGCAGGCCGUGGCAGGGAGAUUCGAACCUCCUCAGUAGCAUUUCAGCCUGCCAAUCAAAUUCAACGAGCUGUGAAAGCGCAAGCUGCUAGCGAGUUGCCCUCGGCCGCAGCGGCCAGCUUGGGUGUCCUUGCAUUGAUCAUGGGAGGGAACUUCUCACAGGGCAAACCUCUUGAAAUCAUCGGUGAAGGCGCAGCGUUCAAUGCCUCGCUCCUUCCAAAACUUACCGAGCUAGAGAAGCCUUACAAGCCGUAUCCGUUCCUCAGCAAUCGUCAUGUCGAGACUAUAUUUGCUGCCUUUUUUCGGUCUUUGCCUGGGUUCACCUUCAGGCGAGAAUGCUUACGGAUGGCUGACGGUGGCACCGUGGCACUCGACUGGCCUCAACCCGAGCUUCAAAAUCCCAAGGCGGUUCUCAUCCUUCUGCCAGGUUUGACAGGCGGCAGCGACGACACAUACGUGCAGCACAUGACACGCCGCGCGCGAAACCAUGGUUGGGCUGUGGUUGUGUUCAACAGUAGGGGUUGUGCAGAUUCUCCCGUCACCACUGCCCAGUUCUAUUCCGGUUCAUUUACCGAAGAUUUGCGCCAAGUCGUGAAGCACGCCGCCUUCUUAUUCCCAUCCUUGCGAAUCUACGCUGCAGGGUGGUCUCUUGGUGCAAAUAUUUUGGUGCGAUAUUGCGGACAGGAGGGGGAUAGGUGUCCGCUGUCCGGGGCGGUUUCACUUUGCAAUCCGUUCAAUUUGGUGUUAUCUAAUGAGGAUUUCCAUAAAGGGUUCAACAAGAUCUACAAUAAAAGCCUUGCCAGGGGACUUCGAAGAAUCUUUGCCAAGCACGCUCAUCUGUUUAAGGAUAUUGGCGGCGAUUACAAUAUCCCUCUCGUUGAAAAAGCUACAACUGUGCGUGAGUUUGACGAUGGUUUGACAAGAGUGUCAUUUGGUUACAAAUCGGUAGAUGACUAUUACUUCGAUGCAAGCAGCUCGCGGUCGAUUAAGGAUGUCAAAGUUCCUCUCUUGUGUAUCCAGGCAUGGACGGAUCCAAUCGCUCCAGAGCGAGGUAUCCCUCGAGCAGAUAUUGCGGCAAAUCCGAACUGCUUUCUGGUGGUAACGCCAUACGGAGGCCACUUGGGGUGGAUAUCAGGGCCAGAGGCCCCAUUUGGGUGUCCAUGGACCGACCCAUUGAUAAUGCAAUACCUGGAGGCUUUGGAAGAGGCAGGGUCUGAUGCGCCCGCUUUUCGCAAAGUGCAGGAAGAUGGAGGAGACGUGGAGGUGGCGAGUGAGAGCAGUCGGCAAUCUACAGAGAGACCUGGGUUGAUGGAGUGAUGGCGUUGCGGAAUCUCUUCCCUCCCGCACUGACAUGCCAUCCAUCCCUCCCUCCCUCUCUCCCUCUGCAAAUCGAGUCUCAAUGCAGCGGUGAGUGCUUCAUCUAGAUCCCAGCGGUGGCUUUGAGCUUUUGAUUGUGCUUAUGCGGCACAGUUUCUCCUCCGGUGUGAUUCAUGUACCCUUGCAAUGGUGAGGAUAGUUUCCAGUGAUGUCCACAACGCAAGCACGGCUCUUUGUCUAGGAUGGUCCUCGGGGGACUGUAGCUCUUCCUUGCCAGGAUUUUGUCAACAGAUAAUUUUUGGGUUCUCAACAGCAAUCAAGACAUCGAGAAGGAUUCCAGGGCGGACUUCUCGGACGUUUCAGUAGUGCUAGGUUCUCCAUUGAUUGCUAUUGUUAUUAUUAUUGAUAUUAAUAAUACUGGAAGUUGCAUGUUGGUGCUGAGUUUGGGAA